UAUGGAGGCUACGAGUACCCCCCGCCGAGCGGGCUGGUCCCUGCAGACAUGGUGCAGCAGCAGCCCUACACUGGGCAGAUCUACCAGCCCACACAAGCCUACACUCCAGCUUCAGCACAGUCUUUUUAUGGAAGUAACUUUGAGGAUGAGCCUCCCCUGUUAGAAGAACUGGGGAUCAAUUUCGACCACAUCUGGCAGAAGACACUGACAGUGCUGCACCCCCUGAAGGUGGCCGAUGGCAGCAUCAUGAACGAGACGGAUCUGGCGGGGCCCAUGGUCUUCUGCCUGGCCUUUGGGGCCACCUUGUUGCUGGCUGGUAAGAUUCAGUUUGGGUAUGUCUAUGGCAUCAGUGCCAUCGGGUGUGUGGGCAUGUUCUGCCUCCUCAACUUGAUGAGCAUGACGGGCGUCUCCUUCGGCUGCGUUGCCAGUGUCCUGGGAUACUGUCUGCUCCCCAUGAUCCUCCUCUCCACUUUUGCUAUUGUGUUUUCAUUGCAGGGAAUGAUGGGGAUUAUUCUCACAGCUGCAAUCAUGGGCUGGUGCAGUUUUUCAGCUUCCAAAAUCUUCAUUUCUGCCUUAGCCAUGGAAGGACAACAGCUGCUGGUAGCAUAUCCCUGUGCACUGCUCUAUGGAGUCUUUGCCCUCAUCUCCAUCUUCUGAACAGACUGUCCAAACUGCUGGACUCCCCGUGGGCCAAAAUGAAACCAUCACCUGGGAACAUUCACUUGGACCAGAAACAGCUGCAAACAGCUGACGGGUGUUGCUCUCACAAAACUUAGACCUGUUCUGAAUCAUUUGGAACAAUGAAAACAAAUGUCUUGUGUUCACUUUUUUAGAACUUUGGAUACUGUUUUCAAUUGACCUGAGGUGUCUAUAGCUUUAAUAAGUGUUCAUGCUUAUCAAGUUAAUGUGAUUUCUUUCCCAUUCCUCUGUCUUCAGAAAACGGAGCUUUUGGUUG